AUGACUUUUAUGUUUCUAAUUAAAACGCCUCCACUGUCCGGGAGAUGCAACGACAAAUCAGUGUUUGUCAGCCCCAAUCCAGCUGCCGGAACAACCUUACAGACAAACAUAUUACAAACCUUCCAAGUGUCCUUUUAUGCUUCAGAUAGUAGAAGAAUUACAAAGAUGGACAUCACUUCGCCUGCCGGUAUGACCUAUACUUCACUACAGUCUGUCUCCUCCAGACCUGGAACAUACUUUGUCAGCACUUCCUGGAAACCUCAGCAGAACCAAGUAGGAUCUCACAUUGUUUGUGCUCUAGUCGAAGACACGUUUAGGAAAACCAGCGAAUCAAGAUGCUUAAAUAUCAACGUAAAUGACGUGAGUCCUUGUGUGAGUUCUCCUUGUACAAAUGGCGGCACGUGUAUACGACAGAGAAUCACUCAGAAUUACAGGUGUGACUGUUUACCUGGUUACACGGGACACAAGUGUCAAACAGAUAUAAACGAAUGUGCGAGUGGACCUUGUCAGAAUGGUGGGACUUGUCAUGACCAUGUAAAUGGUUUCACCUGUACCUGUGUGGGUGGCUUUACUGGACUGAUGUGUCAGACAGAUAUUGACGAAUGCCAAAGUGAUCCGUGUCAGCACAAUGGUUCGUGUACCAAUCUUAUCAACAGGUUUAAAUGUUCCUGUAUACCAGGGUUUACCGACACAGUAUGCCAUACAGAUAUUGAUGAAUGUGCCAGCUCUCCUUGUCAGAACAAUGGAUCCUGUAUUGAUGAGAUUAAUCGGUUCCGAUGCUCAUGUGUUCCGGGUUUUACCGGCUCCAUCUGUGAAAUAGAUAUCAAUGAGUGUGCCAGUAACCCGUGUUUGAAUUCAGGUACUUGUAACGAUCUCAUUAACCGCUUCACCUGUUCUUGUCGAGCGGGGUAUACAGGGACUAUAUGUGACAUAGAUAUAAAUGAAUGUGCACCAGAUCCCUGCUCAGUCAUUUUUGACUGUGAAGAUCGUGUGAACGAAUAUUACUGCAGAAUAAACAAAUGGAAGCUUGCCAUCAUUAUCUGUAGUAUUCUUUUUGUAAAUCUGACGGUUAUUUCUAUCGUCAUUUACCUAUCAAAAAGACGAAAGUACAGAGAUGUUGACCAUUCAUGGUUGUCCAGUUUCAUUGACGUUCGUAAACCCGAUAUCCAGCCUAGGGUUUUAUUCAGAAGUGACAUUCCAUUUAAAAGAUUCUAAAUAAGAAAGUAACCCCAUAAUUAAGAAUACGAAGAGAGUCGACACAAAGUGAAAAGGACUCCUGUUAUUAGUUUUGUUAUAUGUGUUUUUACUGUUAUUUACAAAAUGUUAUUAUUCUGUUAUACAAAUAGUUGUUGAUUAAAG